AUGAAGGUCAGCUCGCUUGCUGCGAAGAUUAUUCAAGAAAUCCUGAGCAAUUCCAAUCCUCCGAACCAUUGCGUUUUUGACCUCACCAAGUUGGAAUUCUACCGCAUCCAGCUAAUUUUGUUAGAAAGGCACCAUACUUGGCCGGACAAGCAAACUAUUUUCUGGUUUAUUGCUCUGAUUUCACGCGUGAUUGUGAGGGAGAAAUCCCUUGGAACUGCAACUGGGGGUGACAUAAUAAAUUUGAAAUCAAUUCGAUUCAAUUCAAUUCAAGUCGAUUCAAUUCAAUUCAAGUCAAUUGAAUUGAUUUCAAAUUUAAAACAUCCCAUGCCUCUUACCCCGAGGCCCACGCCCUAUGAAAAGGCCAUGCCGACACUUUCAGAAAAGCAGGCCGAGCUUGCAUAUCUUUUAUCGCUACGAGAUGCGUCUACAGCCAUGUUGGACGGCUAUCAAGCUCUCCAUAGGACCCUUAGCCGGCUAAAAACAGAUGCCUCAGAGGUGAUGAGAAAUGCUGGCCAAAUAAACGAGUCUCCAGGACCGUUGUCGCUGGGCGAUCCGCAAUCGCCCCUUUCGUCUCAAGCACCUCUAUUUGUAAAAAUCCCCCGAAAAUAG